CACAUCUCAUGCAUUGGCAGAUCCUAAAUCCUGACAGAGCUUUAUGGAGCCCAAUUCUGGCAGGCUUCCAGGACUCGAAGCCACCAGACCCCACAUGGAACCAAGGGCCGCGUGUUCAGCUGCUGCACCCUUGAGAAGACCGUUCCAUGUUCUCGUGGGAGUCACUGGGAGUGUUGCAGCCCUGAAGUUGCCUGUUCUGGUAUCAAAGCUUUUGGACAUUCCUGAUCUGAAAGUAGCCGUGGUCACAACUGAGAGGGCCAAACAUUUUUACAGCCCCCGGGAUGUUCCUGUCACCCUCUACAGCGACGCUGAUGAAUGGGAGAUGUGGAAGUGCCGAUCGGACCCGGUUCUCCACAUCGACCUGCGGAGGUGGGCGGACCUUAUGCUGGUGGCGCCUCUCGAUGCCAACACUCUGGGGAAGGUGGCCAGUGGCAUCUGUGACAACUUGCUUACCUGUGUCAUCCGGGCCUGGGACCGCAGCAAACCUCUGCUCUUCUGCCCGGCGAUGAACACCGCCAUGUGGGAGCACCCCAUCACCGAGCAGCAGGUGGGCCAGCUCAAGGCCUUCGGCUACAUCGAGAUCCCCUGUGUGGCCAAGAAGCUGGUCUGUGGAGACCAAGUCUCUCUAGGCUGCCAUGGCUGCUGCUGAGCAAGAGGCGGAAGCCUCCAAGGCCCUGCCUCCGCUCUGGACCGACUCCAGCUCAUCCUCCACACGGCUGAUGUGUCCCCCUGCCACCUCCCCCUGACUUCCAGGCAGUAUGCUCUUGGCCCUCUGUGAUCUGGCCCCUGUCUACUUCCUAGCUCUUCCCCUACCACACACCAACCCUGUGGGGCUCCCUGUCUUCUUGCCAGACUGGACAACCUUGGCUGAGCCCUGUUGCUUCUUGCCUUUGCAUAUGCUUUUCCACUUUUACUGGAAGACCAUUCUCCUGGCUGCUUCCCACACACCUCCAGAUUUACCUGGAUGCCACUGCCUUUGGAAAGCCUUGCUGGCCAACUCAGGCAGGAUGAGGUGGUCCUAGCCCACGUUCCCAUUGUGCCCCGUCUUGUUUAUUAUACUAUGGAAUUGCAGCAGUCAUUCUGUGUCUCCCUGAAACCGGGGUCUCCUGGAAGGCAGGAGUUGUCCUGUUCCUCAAAAAACCUGGCAAUUCAUUCCAAGCUUUUUGUACAGGCAGAAUUUUUAAAAGCUGUGUGUUGGGGGCUGGAGGGGGAUGAAGGAGGGGCUGUCUUGCUCCUUUGGCACCCAACCCAGGAGCCAUAAAAGCAAAGACUGAUAAAUUUGACUACAGAAAACAAUUCCACCUAGCAGUAGCCCAAAGGCAAGGUUCCCAGGCAGCACAGUGGUAAGGAGUCCGCCUGCCAAUGCAGGAGACACAAGAGACUGGGUUCAGUCCCUGGGUUGGGAAGAUCUCCAAAGAGGUUAUAUUCAUUUACACUCCUACCAGCAAAGUAUGAGGGUGCCAUUUCCUUGCCCUCACCAACCUAGUAAGUUGAAAACCCUCAUUUCAGUUAGAAAUCCCCUCUCUUUCCAGAGCCACGGGUGUGGCGGAGGCUUUCACCAUAGCCUGGCUUCCCUGACUUAGCCCCUGGCUUCCUCCCCGGCCCCAGCUCCUCAAGUCUCCAUUCUGUCCUGCAUGUACCAUGCAGCAGAUGUUUAUCAUACUCCACACUCACCAUGAGGCUGCCCCGCUGUACAGCUCCUGACCCCCCAGCAUGCAGAGUCCAGGACCCCCCCUCCCAGGUGCCCACAUCAGCACGUGGCAGCGUGUCUCCACCCUCUGCCCCUGUUUUUGCUCUGCUGGCCCUCCAGGGAGCACCAGCCUGAGUGCCCCUCCCUCCAAAAGGCAUUGCCUGGCGCCUCUCAAUUCUGAAAACUCUCAUUUCAGUGUGACAUUUUGUCUGAACAAGUCUGUUACGGAAGCAUUGCAUAUGGUAGUAAAGGACUGGAAACACUCUCGCCGUCUAACAACUGAAGGUUGGUUAAUGUGGGACUUAGCUAGUGGUCGAGCGGUUAAGAACCUGCCUUGCAAUGCAGGGGACGUGGUUAUCGGUCCCUGGUCAGGGAACUGAGAUCCCACAUGCCGUGGGGCAACUGAAGCCGGAGUGCUGCAACUGCCGAGCCCAUGUGCCACAGCUCGAGAGUCCAGGUGCCGCAACAGAAGACCCUGCGUGCUGCGACUGAGACCUGACGCAGCCAAGUAAACAAGUGCAUUUUUUAAAAGGUUGGUUGGUUAAAUAAAUCAGGGUCGUCCUUGCACGGGAACAUUGCACAGCCACAGUGAGGAAGCUCUCUAGGUUUGACCUGGAAGAUGUCUGAGAUACGUUAUUAAACAAAACGCAAGAUGGAGAGCAAUAUAUAUUGCAUGUUAACUUGUGUAUUAAAAAAAAACAAAACACAAAACGAGAGAAAAUGAGGAUCUGUUUGCUAGAAUACCUAUUGAAAAACAAGAAUUCAGUCCAUUGUUUGCCUCGCAGCAGGGGAGCUGAGUGGUUGAGAAACAAAGGUAGGCAGCUGACUUCAUUUUAAGUUUUGAGCCAGAUGAAUAUAUUAUCCACCACAAAAGCCGUAAAUACACAUAUAUUUUAAAGGGUUCCCUCUGCCCUUUAUCCAGAAGUUCUUAAAAAUGACUUGGCAGGGAGUUGAUGCAAAAGACUUGGCAGGGGUGUCUGGAGAUUUCCAUCAAGGCCUUUGGAGUAGAAAUGGUCUGUUUUUCUUGUCAUGAGCUAAUAAUAGAGGAAGAUGACUUCUGAGUAUCCCUGGGUGCUCCUUAUAAGUUUUUGAGGUCCCUGAUCUCAAGGAGCUAAUGGUCUUAUGGGGAGAAGACUCAAGGCUUUAAAACAGUUUUAACAAUCAAGUGAUGGAGAAAAUAAAAAGUGAAACUGUUUGACAUAGUGAUUGCCGUGAUUCAGAAUUGAGAAGCAGCCAGGCG